GAAGAGGCGUUUGCUCUGGGAGUCAGCUCGUAUCCCUGGGAAGAGGUGUUUGUGCUCUGGGAGUCAGCUUGUAUCCCUGGGAAGAGGUGUUUGUGCUCUGGGAGUCAGCUCGUAUCCCUGGGAAGAGGUGUUUGUGCUCUAGGAGUCAGCUCGUAUCCCUGGGAAGAGGUGUUUGGGCUCUGGGAGUCAGCUCUUCCACCACUGACUCAUUUAGAGCAGCUUUGUUUUCUGCCCUUGCCUUAAAUUGAAACCUUACCCGUCAUCGAUAUUUGUUAUUGAAUGUUGUGGUCAUGUCCGUGGCCAAAGCAUCACAGUCAUUGCGACACGCUGAGACACGAGAGGGUCGAGAUUGCUUCAUACCCGAUAGCCCAUUACAGAAAAUGACCCGUUUCUGUUUGUUAGAAAGGUAAACUGUAGUUCAGAACUAACAAUAACACUGGAAGGAGGGUUUGGGUUGUUUCUUUUUUUGUGUGAGGAGGAGUUAGACCAGCCGUGUGUUGGAAGCAGGGAGUGUUAGUCAUGGUUUCCCACUUGUAGGUGUGAUGGUGUUUGGGAAUGUUCUUGCACUGAGGAUGCGUCCUGUAAGUGAGUGCUGUGGUGUAAGUGUCAAAGCAGAGCUGCUGCAAAACAAAAAUCAUCUCAAAAAAUAAGAAUUGGAAAAGAGUGAAAGGAAAAAGAGUUUCACUGCUGAGCACCAAACUGCAGAUAACAGUAGGCGCUUCAGUGUUUCCCUUAAAAAGGGGACAGGAAUCUUCAGAAACACAGGAUGAUAUGUCCAGUCUCAUUUACUCUGAAAUUUUCCUCCUUAGACCACUGAAAACUUAAUAUGGGGUGGAAAUGGCACUGAAAUCACUCCCUUGGAAGUAGCUCUUUCCUCAGUAAAACAAUCAGUCGAGUGUAUUUCUGUGGAUUUUGAGGCUACAGAAGGAAAGAGGCUUCAAAGGGUUUAAACAGUGCUCACAGCUUAAAAGUUUGUUCUUGUUCAGAAAAAAAUCCCAUGUAAACCAGAGUGACUUUGGCUUUGCUGAUCAUUUCACGAGGCCUGCACAAAGUUCAGCACUAACUGUAGCCUCUGCUACAUUUUAUUUCCACUCUUAUUAAGGUAGAUUAAUCAUCGUUGCCUUUUAUUUAGAUGAAGUCUAAGAAAUCUUUUGCACAGGGUAAAUAUUUUAAAUAAAGACUUAUGACAUUUCUACGGUCCUGGCAGGUGUAAAAUAAAGGUUUGAGGCCUCUUCUACCUCAAAUUUUGCACUUCUAGAACCAUGGAAUUCAGAGAAUUUAGGUAGUGUGUUUUAAGACAAAAUAGCCCUAUUUGUCUUGUCUUGCCUGGAACUUCCCCCAGUAGAUAAAUCUUUCUCCAAAAAAAUUGAGCCCAGCCUCCUUUACCUCUGAUAACAGCACUGCUUUCCCAUGACCUGCACUCAUAUAUGUCAUAGUCAGAUAAGAAGGAGGCACAACGCUGACUAAUGCCGCUUUUUUGGAAGGAAAAUGACAAAAGCUAUUUGAGACAGGAAUAGAAGUGCCAGCACUAAAUGAUAGAUGAACAGCCGGUAGCAAAGGUGGCAGCUCUAAUGUUUCCCUGUAUUUAUGGAGUAUUGAAAUGAAGGAGUGUUAUCUGGAUUUGUUUCUCUAGGCUGGAUGCUUAUCUUCAGCUUCAGCAAUACUCUGGGUCCCAGGACAGGGUGUAAGAGAGUGGAUGGGUUUUGUUUAGUGUGAGGGAGUGUUGCUCCAGCUUCAGAGCUGUUGUGUGGAGCGUGGGGCACGGCCAUGCCCCUCACCCACCCCCCUGCUUCCAGGCUGUUCCCAUAUUUUGUCUGACAGCACUCCCUCCUUAUUACCAUAACUAUAGACUCUUUGUACCCUCUGUUAGAAGAAAUCCUGCACCAGAAUAAAUUUCAGAGGUGACAGAUUGGAACGCUUUGACCAGAUGAUGGCACACAAAGGUGUCUGAGAUCAGCAGCACCUGUGGCUUUGCACCUCUUUGGCUUUGGCCCUGGGCAGGGGCAGUGGUUGGCACUGUCGCUGCCCGCUUCUGGCUCAUCCUCUCUGGAUGUUGGUCGCUAGAGUGAAGGUGAGGGAAUAUAUGUAGACUAUGGGAGAGAGAAGAAAGCGGCCACAGUAAGCAGUUCCUUUAUGUGUCCCCAGGAAGCUCGGUUACGCUGUAUUUUAGAGCCUAUAAAAAAGUGAUGUUCUGGUUCACGGAAAACAAACCAUCGUGUGGUGGUCUUUCCACGGGCAGUGCUGUGUUCACCAAGACUGGAGUCCAGGCAGGAACCUGCGAAAGCCAGGCACGCAGUGCCAGCCCACAGGGAUAAAAACACACACAUGUCCUUGAGGCUGUGUCUUUGGAGCACCUCCUGAGACUUUCUGUCUUUUUCACCACACACUUUGGCUACAGGUUGAUUUUUGUCGGGUGAUGGGAGGUGAAGAGCAGGUAACCUCUCUUCAGUUCUCUUGACACCCACUGCCACGGGGACUUUUGCAGCCACCAGGUGACACUGCACACCUGCCAGGAGCGGGACGACCCCCCCAGGGGGAAGGUGCUGGAGGGGCCAGAUGCUUCCCCUCCAGAAGGGGCCAAGGCUUGCCGUGCUCCAUGGGGGUUGCCGUGCCUCAGCCCCCCCUUCUCGCAGCUGCCCCCCAGCAGCACACUGGGUUUCGGAGCCCACCCUGAUGCCCCAUCACCCUGGGGAAAAGCCGGGGAAGACCUUUGGGAGCGAGCAGCGGGUCUCCCCGGGCGCCGAUAUACGUCUAAGCUGGAGGGAUCGUCCCCGGCUGGGAGGAGCCAGCGGUGUAAACAGUGCGGGCACGGCCAGCGGUUGGAAGAUGGAUAUAAAUAGGGAGGCGGAGGGGAGGCAGCCGAGCGGAGGAGCUGCUGCCUCUGCCUCUGCCCGGGGUGCCCGGCAGCUCCCGAAAGGCGGCGUGCAAACUUUGCGGCUCGGCGCUGCCGGGGACAGAACAACCGCCGCCAAAAGCAAAACGUGCGAAGCCGCGGCGGAGGACCCGGCUCGGCGCACGUGUUGCGGGAAGCAGGGAGCCGCGGGGAGCCCUGCCCGGAGCCCCGGGGAGCAGCGCUGGCAUCAGGUCGGUACCGCUCCCCCCGCUCCCCCCGUUCCCCUCCGCCGCCGCCGCUGCCGCCGCGCUCCGUGUCUUGCAGGACCGUGCCCGGAUGCCUCCCCGCUGCUCGCCCCGUGGCGACCCGGCUCCCACCCCCGCCGCGCCGCCGUGGUGGGCCGGGGGGCGGCCCUGCGCCUCGAGAGCUCCGCUGCCUUCUACUCCCUCGACAUCCGCGACGGAGGGAAGGUGGUGUUCGCCGACCGCCCCCACGGGCCGCCCAUCGCCCUGCGCGCCCGCUACAUCCUCAUCCGCGACGGCGGGGAGCUGCGCGUGGGCUCGGAGCGCUGCCCCUACGGCUCGCGGGCCACCAUCUCGCUGUACGGGAGAGCCACCGAAGGGGCGCCCGUCGAGGGCUUCGGCCGCAAGUUCGUGGGCGUGGGGCACGGCGGCGUCCUGGAGCUGCACGGCCGGCGGCCCCGCUCCUGGACCCUCCUGGACAAGACGCUGUUCCCCGGCGGGCUCCGCCGCGGUCCUUACUCCUCCGAGAAGCGCUGGGGCAGCCGCGGGCUCAACGUGCGCAUCCUGGACGCCGGUACGGCGCGGGUGCUGGCGGCGGGGCGCUUCGACACGCACCUGCAUCCCGGCGAGUGCCGGCGGCUGCUCGCUUUCCUGGCCCUCCAGAGCCCCGGCAGCGUGGUGGCGGCCGCCGUGGGGGACUCGGCCGCCCGCAGCCUCACGGUGGAGGCCCGGCGGCUGCUGCGGGACCGCCUGGGCAGCCGCUUCAUCGCCCGCUUGGGCUACAGGCAGCCCUGGGCGCUGGUGGGGAUCCUUGGAGGGGAUCAGCUUUCUGCAGUAGAAGAUAAGCGGGAGUAUCGUGGGAAUGGAACAACAGGGUUAGCUGUAGCCCAAAAAGAUUUCCUCACCUACGAUGGCACCCAUUUUACUGUUACUGCUUUCAGCGGAUGGAUAAGAGGGGUUCCUCAUAAUGGAUUUAAAGUGGAAGCGUCCAAAGGAAUAAUUCUUCAUUUGGUGGAUGAAGUUACAAGUUGGUUACCUGGUGACCGGAUUGUCAUUGCCAGUACAGAUUAUUCUAUGCAUCAGGCUGAAGAGUUUAAUCUCCUUCCUUGUCCUGAGUGUAAAAGUAAUCAAGUGAAAAUCGAUGGCAGCCCACUUUAUCUUCACAUCGGAGAAAUCAUUGAUGGUGUUGAUAUGAGGGCAGAGGUUGGUCUUCUGACUAGAAAUAUACUUAUUCAAGGAGAAAUGGAAGACUCCUGUUAUGGACAAAAUCAAUGCCAAUUUUUCCCUUUUGAUACAUUCGGAGGACAUAUUAAAAUCCUAAGGAAUUUUAGCUCGGUUCAUAUGUCGGGAGUGGAAUUAAAAAACAUGGGCCAGCAAAUUCUCGGCAGUUAUCCUGUGCAUUUUCACUUGGCUGGGGAUGUGGAUGAGAGAGGAGGAUAUGAACACCCAACGUACCUUGAUAACCUGGCUAUCCACCACUGCUUCUCUAGGUGUGUUGCCAUACAUGGGACUCAUGGCCUUCUGAUAAAAGACACCAUAGGCUAUGACACUCUGGGGCACUGUUUCUUCCUUGAAGAUGGGACGGAGCAACGCAAUACAUUUUAUCACAACUUGGGCCUCCUCACGAGGUCAGGGACGAUCUUGCCUUCGGAUCGCAAUGAGGCAAUGUGCCUUGCCAUCCGCAGCCACGUCUAUGGGAAUUAUGUUCCUGUGCCAAGCACUGACUGCAUGGCUGUCAGCACAUUCUGGAUUGCAAAUCCAAACAACAACUUAAUAGAGAAUGCAGCAGCUGGUGCGCAGGAUGUUGGGAUAUGGUACAUCUUUCACCGGGUUCCCACUGGACAGUCUGAGGGGGAAUAUCCAGAGGGACAGGCUGAACAUACCCCCUUGGGAGUAUUUUACAACAACAGAGCCCACUCCAAUUUCAAGGCUGGUUUGUUUAUUGGAAAAGGAGUAAAGACAACGAGAGCCAGCGCUGAAGAUCCCAGAGAGUAUCUCACUGUCGAUAAUGCCAGGUUUCACCCACAUCAAGAUGCUGAUCCUGAAAAGCCACGAGUUCCUGCGGUGCUUGAUGGUCUUAUUGCUUUUAAAAAUAAUGACCAUGGGGCCUGGGCCAGAGGUGGUGACAUUAUUUUCUGCAACUCGGGGUUUUCAGACAAUGGAAUUGGACUCACUCUUGCAAGUGAUGGGACUUUCCCGACAGAUGAAGGCUCCAGCCUGGAGGUUACACGCUCUAUUUUUGUUGGAGAAAGCAGCAACUUUGGCUCCCAGGGAGGCCAAAACAGCUACUGGGGAAAAGGGGCAAAUGGACAAUACAGAACACUGCCCAGAAACAAGACGUUCCCUAUUCGUGGAUUCCAGAUUUAUGAUGGGCCUGUCAGGAUGACAAAAUGCACUUUUAAGAAGUUCAACCCAACUGUUGACAGAUACUCAAGUGCCAUCGGCUUCUUCAUGAAAAACUCCUGGCAGAUAAGCCCCCAGAAUAAUGUAUCACAGAUUCUGAUGGAGAACAGUGUUGGACUGAAAGUGUUUUUUGGAAGAUCGGGCCAGUGGUUUGGAAACAAUGAUGAUGAUGGUGACAAAACAUCUGUCUUUCAUGAUCUGGAUGGCUCAGUGACAGGAUAUCCAGACACUUUCAUAGGCAGAGCAGACAACUACUUGCUGCGGCAUCCUGGGUGUCUCACUGUCCCACGCUGGAACGGGGUGAUGUGUACUGGCAAAUUCGCACAGCUUUAUAUUCAGGCCAGACGCCCUGAGAAUCUGACUUUAUCCAUUGCCAGAGCAGCAUACCAUUCCCAUCCCUUGCGGCUGCAAGGUGUGAACAGAGGAGCACCAUACCAGCAGUACCAGCCUGUCGUCAUGCUUGAGCAGGCUUAUAUCAUCCAGUGGGAUGGCAGAGCACCUGAGGACAUUAUCCUGUACCCAAUCAACUUCAACAGAGGAGACUGGCUGCAUGUUGCCCUCUGCUAUCCCAGGGAAGCGGUUUUCCAGGUGGUGGCAGAUAUCUACCAGCGACGGACAGGGACGGUGCACAGCGUAAAGCACUACCUCGCUGCUCCUUCCCAGGCCAGCGCUCUCAACAGGACUGGCGAGCGGCUCUUCUACUUUGACAGAGCAUCGGGGUACCUAUUUGUUCACCUGCAAGCCCGCGAAUCUCGGAAAGGACACAGUUACUGUUCUCAGCAAGGCUGUGAACGUAUUAAAAUCAUGGCACAUAUGUACCCAGGGGACUCGUGGAGCUGUGACCCAAACCCCUUCCCGCAGAGGCCAGCAGCUCCCCAGCACCCCGUGUUCCAGAGCCCAGCUGGGCUGUGCAGGGCGUGUGGAGCCCCGCAGCUUGCUAUCAGUAGCACUCCGUCAGUGAAGUAUGUAAGGAUCCAGAUCCAGUCUCUUGGCAGGGCAGACAUGCAAACCCAUUUGACAUCUGCGUUCAUUAAGGUAUGUUGUGCUUUAUUGUGUUUGAAAUGCUGAUUAUACAGGAGAAAC